AUGAUUUUUGGUUUUCUAGCUACAGAAUCAAAUAAAAUAAAUAAAUUCAUUUGUUUUCAUUCUUGGAAAUGUAUUCAUUCAUGAUUUUGUAAGAGACCACGUGACUUUUCCACGCUGUACACGUUGUACAUUUCUCAUUGACACUCAAGAUGUCAUGAAGGAAACUGGAGAAGGAAAUCAGAAAUUAUCUCUAAUUAAAAACGUAAAAGUACUUAUGAAUUUUCGUACUCAAUGGAGUGUAAUAUAAUAUAUUUAUAAGUUUGAGAAUUGCUUUUGUUAUUUUUGGUUUUGUUAAUGAGAAAGAAAAUGCGCACAGAACGUCAGAAAUAAAUUUUAUUCAGGAGAUCUGGAAAUACAAAAGCUUGUGUCCUUACUGGUACAUUUAUUGUAAUUUUUGUGUGAUAUUACAAUAAUUACGUCACCAAUCUUAAAAAAAGCACGAAGGAACCAUAGACAAAUCGACCAUGCUGACAGGACUUGUUUGGUUAAUAGUUGCAGCUUCGGUUGCCAUUACAACAUCAGGAGACACAACCCUCAAAACCACAACAAACUUAGUAACUUCAUCAACCAUGCCUAUAUUAUCAAAAGAACAAUCAACUAAAAACAUGAACACAACUGUCACAGACCCUAUUUCCAGUACUUUCUCAUCAACGUUACCCACCACCUCCAUAUCUACCCUGACAUCUUCAAGCGAAGCAAGUUCAUAUUCUUCAACGUCAACGACAUCUGAAGCUCUAUCGACAAAAAACCUUACAACUAUUACUACACCAUCAACCACCUCUAAGUUUUUCUCCACUGUGAAAUUAUCAAGUGAAGCAAGUUCAACUCCAUCAACGUCAACGAAAUCUCUAUCUCUAUCGACCAAAAUGUCGACUGCUGGUACUACACCAUCAACCAGCUCUGAGUUUCCUUCCACCAUGAAAUUAUCGAGUGAAGCAAGUUCAACUCCAUCAAUGUCAACGAUAUCUCAAUCUCUAUCAACAAAAAUGUCGACUGCUGGUACUACACCAUCAACCACCUCUGAGUUUUUUUCCACCGUAAAAUUAUCGAGUGAAGAAAGUUCAAUUCCAUCAAUGUCAACGACAUCUGAAUCUCCAUCGACAAAAACGUCCACUGCUGGUACUACACCAUCAACCACCUCUGAGUUUUUUUCCACCGUGAAAUUAUCGAGUGAAGCAAGUUCAACUCCAUCAACGUCAACGACAUCUCAAUCUCUAUCGACAAAAACGUCCACUGCUGGUACUACACCAUCAACCACCUCUGAGUUUUUUUCCACCGCGAAAUUAUCGAGUGAAGCAAGUUCAACUCCAUCAACGUCAACGACAUCUCAAUCUCUAUCGACAAAAACGUCCACUGCUGGUACUGCACCAUCAACCACCUCUAAGUUGUUCUCCACUGUGAAAUUAUCGAGUGAAGCAAGUUCAACUCCAUCAACGUCAACGACAUCUCAAUCUCUAUCAACAAAAACGUUCACUGCUGGUACUACACCAUCAACCACCUCUAAGUCGUUCUCCACCGCGAAAUCAUCGAGUGGAGCAAGUUCAACUCCAUCAACGUCAACGACAUCUGAAUCUCUAUCGACAAAAACGUCCACUGCUGGUACUACACCACCAACCACCUCUAAGUUUUUUUCCACCGUGAAAUUAUCGAGUGAAGCAAUUUCAACUCCAUCAAUGUCAACGACAUCUGAAUCUCCAUCUACAAAAACGUCCACUGCUGGUACUACACCAUCAACUACCUCUGAGUUUUUUUCCACCGCGAAAUUAUCGAGUGAAGCAAGUUCAACUCCAUCAACGUCAACGACAUCUCAAUCUCUAACAACAAAAACGUUCACUGCUGGUACUACACCAUCAACCACCUCUAAGUCGUUCUCCACCGCGAAAUCAUCGAGUGGAGCAAGUUCAACUCCAUCAACGUCAACGACAUCUGAAUCUCUAUCGACAAAAACGUCCACUGCUGGUACUACACCACCAACCACCUCUAAGUUUUUUUCCACCGUGAAAUUAUCGAGUGAAGCAAUUUCAACUCCAUCAAUGUCAACGACAUCUGAAUCUCCAUCUACAAAAACGUCCACUGCUGGUACUACACCAUCAACUACCUCUGAGUUUUUUUCCACCGCGAAAUUAUCGAGUGGAGCAAGUUCAACUCCAUCAACGUCAACGACAUCUCAAUCUCUAUCGACAAAAACGUCCACUGCUGGUACUACACCAUCAACCACCUCUGAGUUUUUUUCCACCGCGAAAUUAUCGAGUGAAGCAAGUUCAACUCCAUCAACUUCAACAACAUCUCAAUCUCUAUUGACAAAAACGUCCACUGCUGGUACUGCACCAUCAACCACCUCUAAGUUGUUCUCCACUGUGAAAUUAUCGAGUGAAGCAAGUUCAACUCCAUCAACGUCAACGACAUCUCAAUCUCUAUCAACAAAAACGUUCACUGCUGGUACUGCACCAUCAACCACCUCUAAGUCGUUCUCCACUGUGAAAUUAUCGAGUGAAGCAAUUUCAACUCCAUCAAUGUCAACGACAUCUGAAUCUUUAUCUACAAAAACGUCCACUGCUGGUACUACACCAUCACCUACCUCUGAGUUUUUUUCCACCGCGAAAUUAUCGAGUGAAGCAAGUUCAACUCCAUCAACGUCAACGACAUCUCAAUCUCUAUCGACAAAAACGUCCACUGCUGGUACUACACCAUCAACCACCUCUGAGUUUUUUUCCACCGCGAAAUUAUCGAGUGAAGCAAGUUCAACUCCAUCAACUUCAACAACAUCUCAAUCUCUAUUGACAAAAACGUCCACUGCUGGUACUGCACCAUCAACCACCUCUAAGUUGUUCUCCACUGUGAAAUUAUCGAGUGAAGCAAGUUCAACUCCAUCAACGUCAACGACAUCUCAAUCUCUAUCAACAAAAACGUUCACUGCUGGUACUGCACCAUCAACCACCUCUAAGUCGUUCUCCACUGUGAAAUUAUCGAGUGAAGCAAGUUCAACUCCAUCAACGUCAACGACAUCUCAAUCUCUAUCGACAAAAACGUCCACUGCUGGUACUGCACCAUCAACCACCUCUAAGUUGUUCUCCACUGUGAAAUUAUCAAGUGAAGCAAGUUCAACUCCAUCAACGUCAACGAAAUCUCUAUCUCUAUCGACCAAAAUGUCGACUGCUGGUACUACACCAUCAACCAGCUCUGAGUUUCCUUCCACCAUGAAAUUAUCGAGUGAAGCAAGUUCAACUCCAUCAAUGUCAACGAUAUCUCAAUCUCUAUCAACAAAAAUGUCGACUGCUGGUACUACACCAUCAACCACCUCUGAGUUGUUUUCCACCGUAAAAUUAUCGAGUGAAGAAAGUUCAAUUCCAUCAAUGUCAACGACAUCUGAAUCUCCAUCGACAAAAACGUCCACUGCUGGUACUACACCAUCAACCACCUCUGAGUUUUUUUCCACCGUGAAAUUAUCGAGUGAAGCAAGUUCAACUCCAUCAACGUCAACGACAUCUCAAUCUCUAUCGACAAAAACGUCCACUGCUGGUACUACACCAUCAACCACCUCUGAGUUUUUUUCCACCGCGAAAUUAUCGAGUGGAGCAAGUUCAACUCCAUCAACGUCAACGACAUCUCAAUCUCUAUCGACAAAAACGUCCACUGCUGGUACUGCACCAUCAACCACCUCUAAGUUGUUCUCCACUGUGAAAUUAUCGAGUGAAGCAAGUUCAACUCCAUCAACGUCAACGACAUCUCAAUCUCUAUCAACAAAAACGUUCACUGCUGGUACUACACCAUCAACCACCUCUAAGUCGUUCUCCACCGCGAAAUCAUCGAGUGGAGCAAGUUCAACUCCAUCAACGUCAACGACAUCUGAAUCUCUAUCGACAAAAACGUCCACUGCUGGUACUACACCACCAACCACCUUUAAGUUUUUUUCCACCGUGAAAUUAUCGAGUGAAGCAAUUUCAACUCCAUCAAUGUCAACGACAUCUGAAUCUCCAUCUACAAAAACGUCCACUGCUGGUACUACACCAUCAACUACCUCUGAGUUUUUUUCCACCGCGAAAUUAUCGAGUGAAGCAAGUUCAACUCCAUCAACGUCAACAACAUCUCAAUCUCUAUUGACAAAAACGUCCACUGCUGGUACUGCACCAUCAACCACCUCUAAGUUGUUCUCCACUGUGAAAUUAUCGAGUGAAGCAAGUUCAACUCCAUCAACGUCAACGACAUCUCAAUCUCUAUCAACAAAAACGUUCACUGCUGGUACUGCACCAUCAACCACCUCUAAGUCGUUCUCCACUGUGAAAUUAUCGAGUGAAGCAAGUUCAACUCCAUCAACGUCAACGACAUCUCAAUCUCUAUCGACAAAAACGUCCACUGCUGGUACUGCACCAUCAACCACCUCUAAGUUGUUCUCCACUGUGAAAUUAUCGAGUGGAGCAAGUUCAACCCCAUCAACGUCAGCGACAUCUCAAUCUCUAUCGACAAAAACGUCAACUGCUGGUACUACACCAUCAACCACCUCUGAGUUUUUUUCCACCGCGAAAUCAUCGAGUGGAGCAAGUUCAACUCCAUCAACGUCAACGACAUCUGAAUCUCUAUCGACAAAAACGUCCACUGCUGGUACUACACCACCAACCACCUCUAAGUUUUUUUCCACCGGGAAAUUAUCGAGUGAAGCAAUUUCAACUCCAUCAAUGUCAACGACAUCUGACUCUCCAUCGACAAAAACGUCCACUGCUGGUACUACACCAUCAACCACCUCUGAGUUUUUUUCCACCGCGAAAUUAUCGAGUGAAGCAAUUUCAACUCCAUCAACGUCAACGACAUCUCAAUCUCUAUCGACAAAAACGUCCACUGCUGGUACUACACCAUCAACCACCUCUGAGUUUUUUUCCACCGCGAAAUUAUCGAGUGGAGCAAGUUCAACCCCAUCAACGUCAACGACAUCUCAAUCUCUAUCAACAAAAACGUUCACUGCUGGUACUACACCACCAACCACCUCUAAGUUUUUUUCCACCGUGAAAUUAUCGAGUGAAGCAAGUUCAACUCCAUCAACAUCAACGACAUCUGAAUCUCUAUCGACAAAAACGUCCACUGCUGGUACUACACCAUCAACCACAUCUGAGUUUUUUUCCACCGCGAAAUUAUCGAGUGGAGCAAGUUCAACUCCAUCAACGUCAACGACAUCUCAAUCUCUAUCGACAAAAACGUUCACUGCUGGUACUACACCAUCAACCACAUCUGAGUUUUUUUCCACCGCGAAAUUAUCGAGUGGAGCAAGUUCAACUCCAUCAACGUCAACGACAUCUCAAUAUCUAUCGACAAAAACGUUCACUGCUGGUACUACACCAUCAACCACAUCUGAGUUUUUUUCCACCGCGAAAUUAUCGAGUGGAGCAAGUUCAACUCCAUCAACGCCAACGACAUCUCAAUCUCUAUCGACAAAAACGUUCACUGCUGGUACUACACCAUCAACCACAUCUGAGUUUUUUUCCACCGCGAAAUUAUCGAGUGGAGCAAGUUCAACUCCAUCAACGUCAACGACAUCUCAAUCUUUAUCGACAAAAACGUUCACUGCUGGUACUACACCAUCAACCACCUCUAAGUUUUUUUCCACCGCGAAAUUAUCGAGUGGAGCAAGUUCAACUCCAUCAAUGUCAGCGACAUCUCAAUCUCCAUCGACAAAAACGUCCACUGCUGGUACUACACCAUCAACCACAUUUGAGUUUUUUUCCACCACGAAAUUAUCGAGUGGAGCAAGUUCAACUCCAUCAACGUCAACGACAUCUCAAUCUCUAUCGACAAAAACGUUCACUGCUGGUACUACACCAUCUACCACAUCUGAGUUUUUUUCCACCGCGAAAUUAUCGAGUGGAGCAAGUUCAACUCCAUCAACGUCAACGACAUCUCAAUCUCUAUCGACAAAAACGUUCACUGCUGGUACUACACCAUCAACCACAUCUGAGUUUUUUUCCACCGCGAAAUUAUCGAGUGGAGCAAGUUCAACUCCAUCAACGUCAACGAAAUCUCAAUCUCUAUCGACAAAAACGUUUACUGCUGGUAUUGCACCAUCAACAACCUCUAAGUUUUUUUCCACCGUGAAAUUAUCGAGUGAAGCAAGUUUAACCCCAUCAACGUCAACGACAUCUGAAUCUCCAUCGACAAAAACGUCCACUGCUGGUACUACACCGUCAACCACCUCUGAGUUUUUUUCCACCGCGAAAUUAUCGAGUGGAGCAAGUUCAACUCCAUCAACGUCAACGACAUCUCAAUCUCUAUCGACAAAAACGUCCACUGCUGGUACUGCACCAUCAACCACCUCUAAGUUGUUCUCCACUGUGAAAUUAUCGAGUGGAGCAAGUUUAACUCCAUCAACGUCAACGACAUCUCAAUCUCCAUCGACAAAAACGUUCACUGCUGGUACUACACCAUCAACCACCUCUGAGUUUUUUUCCACCGCGAAAUUAUCGAGUGGAACAAGUUCAACUCCAUCAACGUCAACGACAUCCCAAUCUCUAUCGAUAAAAACGUCCACUGCUGGUACUACACCAUCAACCACCUCUGAGUUUUUUUCCACCGUGAAAUUACCAAGUGGAGCAAGUUCAACUCCAUCAACGUCAACGAAAUCUGAUACUCUAUCGACAAAAACGUUCACUGCUGGUACUACACCAUCAACCACCUCUAAGUUUCUCUCCACUGUGAAAUUAUCGAGUGGAGCAAGUUCAACUCCAUCAACGUCAACGACAUCUCAAUCUCUAUCGACAAAAACGUUCACUGCUGGUAUUGCACCAUCAACCACUUCUAAGUUUCUCUCCACUGUGAAAUUAUCAAGUGGAGCAAGUUCAACUCCAUCAACGUCAACGACAUCUCAAUCCCUAUCGACAAAAACGUCCACUGCUGGUACUACACCAUCAACAGCCUCUGAGUUUUUUUCCACCUUGAAAUUAUCGAGUGGAGCAAGUUCGACCCCUUCAACGUCAACGACAUCUGAAGCUCUAUCGACAAAAACGUUCAGUGCUGGUAGUACACCAUCAACCACCUCUGAGUUUUUCUCCACUGCGAAAUUAUCGAGUGGAGCAAGUUCGACCCCUUCAACGUCAACGACAUCUGAAGCUCUAUCGACAAAAAUGUUCACUGGUGUUAUAUCUCGAGCAACUGAAAGUGCAACUUUCAUGCCAACGAGAUCUUUAGUAAUUUUAAAUUCAUCCUUAACAACGUCGCUUGCUUCAAAAUCUAUACUAGGAACAGUUUUUACGACAAAUUUUGAACCAUCAACUAAACUUUUAACUUUAUCUACUUCUGGAUUUUCUAAGAAGCUAUCUUCAGUGCCUUAUACUUCUUUGAAGACACAUUUGCAAUCAACCGUCAGUGCUAGUGUCAGCAAGGUGCAAUUGACUAUAAGUACUCUUUCACUUAAGGCAACAUCAUCAGAAAAAAUGAUUUUACCAUCUACUAUGUCUUUAUCAUCAAACAGGGGGGCAAGCAUCAAUUCCAUUGUCACUAUUUCAACAUCGACCGACAUUGCAGCUUCAUCAAGUUUAUCAGAAGGAUCAACUUAUUCAGAGCAAGUUAGUACCUCUACCGCUGUACCACCGAAGACAGACACAACAUUGAAAACGAGCUUUGUAUUAUUUUCCUCUUUAUUGCCCUCGAUGACUCCUACAGUUACUUUACCCGUCAGAUCAAAGGUAACCACUUCAUUCAAGGCGACGCUCACCAAGACAAAGCCUUCAUUAGUAAGCUCGAGUACUUUUACUGCAUCUUCUUUAAAACCAUCUAUUCACCCCUCUACAAGCUUGAAGAUCAUACCAUCAUCGUCAAUUAUUCCAAAAAAAUUUUGUUCAAUGAAAUGCGUCAUACACACGAAUAAGACAGAAUCGACGAGUAUCAAGGAACUUGAAAAACGUAUAUCUGAUGCUCUUAUUAUAACAUUUGAAGGAAUGGAAAUACCGCUUUACCAUAACCUUGUUCUUGAAAAACUGGAAAAAGACACAGGUAAAACAAUCGAAGCCUACUUUGAUUUAAUAUUUAAAACAAGAAAUUGCGUUGGGGAGGUUAAAGACGAUGUUUUGCGCAAUAAAGAAUUGUUGGACGGUAAAGUAGUGAAUGGUAUUAUGUUUAUCCCUGAUACUUUCCAAGUAGCCCCAUUUAAAAUACCUAAAGAAGAUAAACUAGUCAUUGUUGGAAAAUUAAAAAUCGACGCAGUUUUUACGAAAGACUUAGCUAACAAAGCGUCAAAGAGUUAUAAAGAGCUGGCAAGUAACAUGACGUUUGCAUUGACUCAAACGUACAAAAGUAUAUCUGGUUUCUUAGAAGUAAUUAUUCGUGGUUUUUCAAAAGGAAGUAUUGUUACGGAUUUCGAAGUUGUAUUUGAUAAGAAAAAUACCUCAGGCGACACUGAGGAAAUUGAAAAGGAGAUGACAAAAAAUGUUGAAGCUGAACUGGAAGAUGGAAACCUAGGUGAUUUUAAGAUUGUUGAGGGAAGUUUUACGUUGAGUCCAAAGGUGGAGAAGAAAGUAUCCGAAGAUGAUGAUGAUCUACCACUACCAACGUGGUCCCUCGUUUUGAUAGUGUGUAGUAUCGGUAUUGUGAUCCUCUUUCUUGUAGUUCUCUUGCAAAGGAGAAAAAUCUCAGCAUACAAAGCCGAACUAUAUCCAACACGACAGAUGCCCAAUGGUCGUUAUGGCUUAAAGAACGGUUAUACAUGCAAGAAUGGAAUACCCGAUAAUCGAGACACUGACAUAGAAUUAGAGCAAAUCCAUCGUCUAGUAACACAUAAUAUCAGUAGUCAUCGAGCAAAGCUAUCAACAGUUUCUCCCAAUGAGAAUGGGGGAUUUGACGCUAGCACGUAUGAUCUAGCUUCUUCCUCUGAUCAAAUAGAUCCGGCCACGCCCUCAGAAUCAGCAGUCACGAGGGGCACGUCAAAUAGUUAUGAAAUUAUACGCCCAAGCACAGAACUGUAGGAAUAAAUAUUUUACUUAAUUAUUAAGAAAUGAAUAGAAUAUAUUGAUAGAAGGGUCGUGUAUACACAGCAAGAUUGGAAAAAGAAGAUGCCGUUAAAGUUUAGGUUGACUACAAUUUUGAGUUGAAUUUCUUAAAACGUUGAGGAUAUAUACACCCGCGUUAUAUUUUUUUCAUCGUUAUCAAAAGUUAUUUGGUCUAGUAUUUGGACUUUAAAUAUGAGAAGUGGGUUUAAAUUAUUUUAUAGAUAAUAAAAAUGAUUAUUGUUUGUAUUGGAGGAUGCGCCAAUAAACAAAUGAACAGCACGAGCGUGUAUAAAAAUUUUCAAGUUUCUCAAUUUUUUAAACUUUUGUAGAAUUCAGAACCCCAUGGUAAGAUCAUUCACCCAAAGUAUAUAAUUCCUGAAUACAAAUUGGAAUUUUAAAGACGAGUUUGGAUAACUUGAUUUGUCUUUCACGAUUUAAUGUGAAUUGAUCACUUUCUGACAUUUGCAUUCACUGUGUUUUACCAUUUCUCAGGUACAAUAUCAGUAGAUGUUUGCAAUCUUCUUCCAGCGAUUCUCCAAUAAAAACGAAAUAUAUUGUGGUUUAUAUUUUUCUAGCUUUCUUAAAAAGUGUAAUUUAUAAAUUGGUAUUAGAUACAUUGUUGAUGAUUUUUUAUAAUUAAACUUUAUACAAUUUUACACUUUA